AUGAAUCAGAAAGCAUUGUCGCCAAUCAAAAAGAAGGAGGACAAAAAAUUCAAAACCAAACCCGGUGGCACGAAGGAGAGAAGUAUGUCGAGUGUGGUGAAGACGGGUGAGAAGAAGCCGUUGAGCGGUAGGAAACAUGCUAAAAUAUCGAGCAGGGAAAAUAAUGAGAAUAAUUCGGUUGAAAAGGAUGAAGGAGAGCAGAAGAAUAAAACGACGACAAAGACGAAGAAGAAGGAUAUGUCGUUGAAAGCUCAAGUCAAGAGAUCAAGUAUAAAGAAGCAUGCGCCGACAAAACCUGAGAAUAAAAAGAAAGAUCAGAGUAUAAAGAAAGAUUCAAGCGUGAAAAAGGAAAUAAGUGUGAGCAAACCUGUGGAAGUUGUUGUCAAAAAAGAGUUAUCCCCACAAAAGAAGGAGGAACCAAAGAAAGAGGAACCAAAGAAAGAGGAACCUGACUCAACGGUUUCACCACCUCCUACACCACCUCCGCCGCAAGUUUCAACUCCAGCAGCACAAGCUACACCAGCGCCACCUUUGAUUCCUUACGAUCCAGCGAAUCCCGAUCAAGUGAAAAUCAGUGAAACUGAAACACCGGUAGGUUUAAUAUCUUCAGAACAUUUUCAAAUAAAAAAAUUGAAUUUUUACAGCCCCUCGAACUACUUCCCGCUGAUCGCGAAAAAAACAUUGAAGAUCGAAAAGCGGGCUUCGAAUAUAAAAUCGUGGACGUGCCAAUGAAACCGGGUUGCAAGUUUGGUCUCGGCGUCAAAAGCAUCUAUCGAACGGUUUAUGUGCAAAAAGUUGAGGAUGGCUCGAUUGUUAGCGGGUUGUUUUUUGUGGCUGAUCGCAUAAUUGAUGUGGAUGGUGUGAAGAUUCAGGAUAAUGUUACUUGUAAAACCCUUCUUGUCAAGGGGUUGAAGGAGAAAGCGUUGGCGACGGUUUUGGUUGAGCGAGGAGUAACGGAUGAGGCGAAAAAAAUUGCAAUGGUAAGUAUCUGUUGCCAAUGCCACGUCAUAACAACUAAUCAAUUUCAGGACGAGCUGAACGAAGAGCACAAUCAAUCGAUAAUGGUUGCACCCGAUGUACAGUCUAUCAUGAAGAAAAUGGCGAAUAAGAUUCAAGAUAAGCCAGCAGCCAGUGCUCUUAAAGGAAAUGCCCCACUGAAACCUGUGAUUUUUGAAAAGAAGCCGAUUGUCGUCGAAGAGGGACAUAAAUCGGUGAUGAUUCAGAUGGAUAAUGAGGAGAAGUUGGCGAAACUGCAGAAAGUUGUGAAAGGAGGUGGAACUUGA